UAGAAAGUGGUGAAUUUGGAAGAAAAACAUUGUGGCUGCAGAGCGUCUGAGAAACGGGAGAAUCUGUGAAAAAUCACAAAGUAUCAUGCUUAGGUCCUGUUUAAUCGCAUCCCGAGGAUCAUCUUCAGGCAUCCUUGGUGUUAGUUGUGCAAAUAUUCAGCAAAAGAGGAAUACAUUUAUCCUGAAAAGGAGGUGGCCUCCCGGCCUGCACAAGAAAAAUGAGUCCCCCAAAGCCUUCCGGCCUCGUCACUAUGUGUAUGAUCUCCUGGAAGACACAGAGUUCCGGAAGACGCAGCCAAUUGAAGUGAUUCUGACAACAUUUGUCGAGACACUUGGCCAGAAAGGAGAUAUCGUGUCGGUGAAGCCUAAGUUUGCCCACAAUAAUCUGCUCUUACCUGGACUGGCGGUGUACAAGACAGAGAGGAACUUGGAGAAGUAUAAGAAGGAUCCCAAUCAGCCGGAGCCCAUUAAGUACAGUUCGCCGUUUGCUUUGAAAACGAUGAACAUGAUCGAGGGCCUCCUUCUGCCGAUAGUGAUGAACAAGGAGGAGCCCUGGGUGGUUGAGAAGUGGCACGUGAGAGCGUCUCUCCGGAAAGCCGGCUUUCAUGCUCCCGACGAGGCUCUUGAGCUCCCAGACUUUCCCAUCAAAGGGCCCAACUUGGAUCUGGAGAACAAAGAAUUCAUCGUGACGGUGACGAUUAAUGGGAUGGAGAAGGCAAAACUGAGGUGCAGAAUUCAUCACUGGAGUACGGAUCCUGUGGGGAAAUUGCCUUAUCUUCCUGAAUUCUGGACUCUGCCUUCCGUACCAAUUACCCCAUGAGAUAGUGUUAAAGAUUUUCGUUGAUUGAAAAUAUAGCUCGAAAUAGGA